UAACAACUGUUUUAAAUUACACUUGAUGUAAUACAUACUUUUUUGUUAAGAGUGUUGGUCUUACUGUCAAUUGAUAUACUUUAAAGUUCAAAAAUAAAAUAUAUUUAAACAGUAGUGAUAAUGUCUAUUGGAGUUCCAAUUAAGGUGCUACAUGAAGCAGAAGGGCAUAUUAUCACUUGUGAAACGAGUACAGGCGAAGUUUUUAGAGGAAAACUGGUGGAAGCAGAAGAUAACAUGAAUUGUCAAAUGCAAGGGGUUACAGUUACUCAUCGUGAUGGAAGAGUAGUCGCUGUUGAAAAUGUUUUUUUAAGAGGCUCAAAAAUAAAGUUUUUCAUACUUCCUGAUAUGCUGAAAAAUGCACCCAUGUUUAAGAGGCAAGGUGGGAGAGGAGCACCUGGAAGAGGGAAAUCUGGAAUAUUAAGAGCUCAAGUAAGAGGAAGAGGAGGCCCUGGUAGAGGAGGCAUGCAAAGAGGAGGAUGGCAAGGUUCCAGGCGUUAGUUAUUUGUUGUUUAUGAUUGAUUUUUAAUCGUUAAUCACAAAUUAUUUUGAAAACAGACUUAUAUUUGCAGUUUUAUGGGGUUAUACUUUAAGUUAUUUAAUUUUUAAGUUUAAUAAACAUUUCAUUUUAUUUAGGAUUGUAAUUUUAUUAUUUUAUACAAUCUCGAUUUACCAAAAUUGCUGUAUUAUAAAACAUAUUAAAAACCAUGUAACAUAUUGCACAAUGAAUUUAAUUGAUAUGUUGACGGAGAUAGUAUUGCAGUUGAUAAUUUCUGAUUGUAAAUUUGUCAGGUUUUCAGAACAUUAAAGGCUAUCAAUCAAUAUAGUUUUCAAAGUGUAUAUAUUUAUUAUGGUCAAACUGUAGUCUUAGAUGCUGAACUAUAAUUUUAUGAAAAUAUUUACAUUAUCAAAAGAGGUGAUUGUAAAAGU